AAAUACUGUUGGAAAAAAAAAGAUCAAAGGGAUCGCAGAACAAACCCUAGCGACAGAAGGAGAAGACGACGACAGAGAGCUCGUGAGUGGUAGGGAUCGUAGGUAGAAGGAACGCUAAAGGGACAGAGAUGGGAAAGAAGAAGAAGAGGGCGACGGAGAAGGUCUGGUGUUACUACUGCGACAGAGAGUUCGACGACGAGAAAAUUCUGGUGCAACACCAGAAGGCGAAGCACUUCAAGUGCCAUGUCUGCCAUAAGAAACUCUCCACUGCUGGAGGAAUGGUGAUCCAUGUCCUUCAGGUUCAUAAGGAGAAUGUAACCAAGGUUCCGAAUGCUAAACCUGGUAGAGAAUCAACUGACAUCGAAAUAUAUGGAAUGCAAGGUAUUCCUGCUGAUGUCUUGGCUGCUCACUAUGGAGAAGAAGAGGAAGAGACUCCGGCUAAACUUCCCAAAUUCAAUAUUCCUUCUGCCCCUCUUGCCGGUGCGGUUCCUAGACCAUAUGGUGUGGUAUAUCCUCCUCAACCCGUUCCCCGUGCUGUGCGACCAAUUUAUAAUGCUCCUGUACCUAUGCCUCCAACUGGUUGGCCCAUUCCUCCCCGUCCACAAGGACCGCAACCAUGGUAUCCACAUAACCAAGCACUUUCUGUGCCUCCAACCACCCCAAUGGGAUAUCCGCCUCAACCACUGUUUCCAGUGCAAGGUAUGAGACUGCAUAUGCCAGCAUCAUCACCUGCAGUGCCUUUGACAGUCCCUCCUGCGAUUUCUUCGGCAUCACCUGCAAUGCCUAUAUCACAACCGCUGUUCCCUGUUGUGAGUAACAGCAUACCUUCUCAGACAUCGCCUUUUUCUACUACUUUGCCCGUGGGCGUUCAGCCCGUGUCUGCCGCAGAAUCCAAAGGAUCAGCGGAUGCACAUCCAGCUGCUGGCUCUAUUAGCUUAGGCGGCUACAAUGCUGCAACUACUCCAGGUGUACCGACACCGAAUAUGCAUUCAUAUGCCUCUGGUCCAAACACCAGUGGCCCUUCAAUUGGACCACCUCCUGUAAUCGCAAACAAGCCUCCUGGCUCUCAGACUAAUGAGGUCUAUCUCGUAUGGGAUGAUGAAGCGAUGUCUAUGGAGGAAAGAAGAAUGUCCUUACCAAAAUACCAGGUGCAUGAUGAAACCAGCCAGGUAAGUCUCAUCUGCCCCUUUAAAGUUAAGGAGAGUUGCUUAACACGCCUAAUGAGAUUUCGAGUAAGUCUUUAUAUAAUCUUCCUCUGUCUGAAGAAAUGAUUCAUCGAAAUAAUCUGGUUGGCUUCAUUCAUGCUUUCCUUUUUUCAGAUUCGUGUUGUUUUAAGUUCUGUGAAUUAUUUUAUUACUUGCUAAGAGGUACCCUCCACAAAUUUCUGACUUGAUCUCUUCCUUCUGGUAGAUUAAUAGAACAUAGGCAAGAACCAUUUGCUAUAUGUAAAAUUUGAUGUCAUGGGAUUGCAUGCUUGUAAAGCAUAGUAGCUUGCAAUUACAUGAAUCUGCCAGGAAAUUCUGAAUUUAUAGAACCAUAACCACACUAAAGUAAGAAACCCCAUAUGUAAAUGAUCGUCGUUGGUUAUAUUUCUCAUUUUCUGUUGUGUCAUAAAAAUGUGGGUGAUUGGUUCAACAAGAUCAUUACUUUCACAGAUUUUGUUUCAGGUCAGCUUCUUUAUACAUCUCAGUUUUUGCAGAUGACUUUGGAUUUUCGCCAAAAAAAGAAAACUAUAUUCUUUUCCACGAUAGAUCACACGUUUGUUUGUCUUGUCCGCUGUUUCAGAUGAGCUCGAUAGAUGCAGCCAUAGACAGACGGAUCUCAGAGGGCAGACUAGCCGGCCGAAUGGCCUUUUAAGACUUCGGCUCCAACCAUUUGGUUGUGGAGAUAAAGGGAAAAGGAAGAAGCUUCUCAGAAUCUUUAAAACAUUGAAGAAAAGAAGGCCUUCUGUGUGUUUUCUCUUCAAUUCCAUUAUUUAAUUUUAAGCCCCCUUUUUUUAAAAAAAAAACCAAUAUGUUGUAUUCUUUAGAAUGGGUUCACUCUUUAGAUAGAAAAGUUUUGAAGCACAAUUGAGAGAGAGGGAGGGUUCACUUGUAAAUGUGUCGAAAGGUUUUGGCAUUAUUAUUAAGAAUUAGCCCUUUUCUUUUUCAUUA